GGGCAAUGUCAUUGCGUGCACCCUUUGGGGGCCAAUGGUGGAUAUGUUGUUAACAUAUAAACUAACCACAGCUGAACCGAUAGUCAUGCUGCUUCAGUGUUGCCGAGCAAAGAAAUACCAAGGCCAAGUGCACGUGUCCAACAUGUUUAACACCACGAAAGUAAUUUUAAACGGGCCGGAGGAAGAGUUCAAUGAAUUUAAGACAAGAAUGGCAAGCAGGUGUGGUCAGGGUUUGAGUUUUACCAUUGCAUCUGAUACAUCAAAUGACGGUGACAUAAGCACUGGGGAGUUACAGUUGGUCACCCUCGAUCAACUCUCUAAAAUGGAAGAGGAUGGUAAGCAUUGGGUUUACGGAGAAAUCGUUGGCAUAGACAGUCACAAGGAUUGGUCAUACGUGUCAUGCAUUGGAUGCAAUCGAAAGGUGACACCAAAUGGUGACAGCUUUCAGUGCCUCUCAUGCAAUUCCUCGGAUGCUGUUUUGAGGUACAAGGUGAAUAUUAGGGUGGUUGAUAAGAGUUCGCAUGCCUCCUUGCUUCUCUGGGACAGAGAGGUAUCAUGCUUGAUUGGGCGCUCUGCUACAUCCCUCAAAGAACAAGUUUCUAAGAGGAAUUUUGGGCCUAACUAUUUCCCUUCAGAGAUCAACGCAUUGAUGGACAUCAAAGCUCUGUUUCGCGUACAGGUUAAGCGAGACAGCCGAAAUUACAAGGGUAAUCAGAACUACAGCGUGCUUAGGAUGAAUACUGACCCUAGAGUUAUUUCACUGUAUGUUACAGAGUCAAAUUCUGCUGAGGUUGGAUACUUAACUUAACCAACUUAAUUUUGCGUACUUCAUGAAAAGGUGUGACUUUACACAAUGAAAUAUUACAAUGUGCAGGAGGAGGAUGAGUUUUCUGUCUUAAGGAGGGAGUAUUCAGUGGGGGAAAAGGUUGGCUCUUCCCAGCCAGUGAAUUCUGGAAGCCCUUUGCUGAACAAGGAAAAAAGGGCUGCCCUGGACAUUGAUGUUGAAAAAAUCAAGAGGAAUUUGUUUGGAGAAUCUUCCUCCACUAUGCCAGUUAAAAAGAUGAAAGGGAUCAAGAUCGAGGAGCCUAAACCAUGAUGCUAUCCUUGAUUUAAAUAUUAUGUAGUAAACAUGUCAUGGUUAUGAAUAAGUAUUGUGUCAGUGCCUUAAAU